UAGGGCGGCCAUCUUGCUCCCCCUGGCGUCUCCCCAGCGGUACUGCAAGACUCUUGGGCUGCCUUUUGUGUAGCGCGACCCACCCGUGGAGAGUGAACAAUGAACGCGGGACAGGCGCCGCCGUCUAGCCAGUCGAUGGCUUGAUUAUGCGACCGAGUAGAAACUGGAGGCUCCUUCUGGACGCCCUUGCUGUCCCUCGCUGCACCAUGCGCGGAAGCCCUGAAAUUAGGACGGGCAUCCUUUGAAAGACGCUGCGUGCCAGGCGAGGGGCGCCCGGGGGCGAGUCAUGGGCGGCGCGCGAGCGCGUGUCCUCAGUUUGUGCCUCAGCCUCUGCUCGUUGGCUUUGCUCGUCACGGCCAUUUUCACCGACCACUGGUACGAGACUGACCCCCGGCGCCACCGGGAGAGCUGCGAGGACCGCGCCGGCAGCGCCCACUCCCCCGACCAACGCCGCCGACUCCUGCCGCUGCCGCACCUGCCCCUACGGGAUGCCAAGCCACGGGUCCCUCGCGGAGGCAGUGCGGAGGCAGUUCCCCCCACCGGGAACCUGCUGCUGCAGCUAGAGAACUGGAGAACGCUCCUGGGGCUCCGGUGGCUGCAAUCUCGGUGCGGCCGGCCGCUCUUCGCCACUUACGCUGGUCUCUGGAGGAAAUGCUACUUCUUGGGGGUCGACCAAGAUCUGGAUAACCUACUGGACAGAGGUAUUGCUCAGAGAUGUACAGCAAUCAAGUAUCACUUUGCCACACCAAUACGACGUUUAUGGAACAUCCCUAUCAAUUUAACAAAGAUUAUCCAGCAGGAUGAAUGGCACUUGUUACAUCUAAGAAGAAUUACAGCAGGUUUUCUUGGGAUGGCAGCAGCUGUUCUUCUCUGUGGGUGCAUUGUAAUUGCAGUUGGUUUCUUUUGGGAGAAAAGCCUCACACAGCAUGUUGCUGGUCUUCUUUUCCUCAUGUCAGGCAUCUUUUGCACUAUUUCUCUCUGUACUUAUGCAACAAGUAUAUCCUUUGACCUAAACCGCCUUCCCAAAAUCAUCUAUGGUCUGCCUGAUGAUGUUGAACAUGGAUACAGCUGGUCUAUAUUCUGUGCAUGGUGCAGUUUAGGACUUAUAGUAGCAGCAGGAUGCCUUUGUACCACUUACCCAUUUAUUAGCAGGACAAAGAUUAGCCAUCUAAAAUCUACCAGAGACUCUUCUGUAUGACUUAGUAUGGAGAUACUUUUUUUGUUUAUAAGGCAACCGGAAGAUACAUAAGGGAGCUUAAUUCAGAAUCCAAGCACAAACAAAACCCAAAUCCAUUAAAUACUGAACAUUGACUUAGUAGCCAGGAAACACAAAGCACAUCUACGUUUCCAUGGUGGCUGAUAGAUCAAAUUCAGACAGAAAAACUGUUGUGGAAAUGAUGGUAAUUUAGCACAAUAUACAUGUCACAAAUGAAAUGGAACUAUUUCUACUUGAACAAGAAAACUGUGUUGCUGUUUCAGUUGCUAUUUGCUGACCAGUGUCAUGAGGUUCAGCUUAAUGGCCAUAUAUCUUGAAAAUAAAUAAAAUGACUUUUAAAAAAUAACUUGGUAUACAAGGUUAAAACAACAAAAGCACUGCCAUAUUAUCCAGUUGGUAAGAAUGUUUCCUUAUUUUAAUUAUAUUUUAUAUUAUUUUUGUCUUGUUAGGUGAUAUUUAGUCUUCUCUAUUAAUUAUUUUUAGUAGUUAGUAGAAUGAUGUUCAAAGAUUUCUUGUGUAAGAAAUGAAUGAAUCAUUUGUUUUUAGAAGAAACAGAAAGGUGCUAGAGUAGAAUGACUUCCAGAAGGGGAUAGGCUACUUUAUGUAGGAAAAUUUAUGCCUAUAGUUCCCUGAAAGAUGUUCAUGUUUCAUAUACAAUCCAAUGCCAUAUAUAAAAAAGAUGAAAUUUAUAAAAUGAAUUACAGCAUUUGCAUUAUUGGAAAUAAUGCAUACUAUGUGUUAGUUUUUUUGUUUAAAAAUAAUGGCAUAUUAUCUUCUGUUAAUAAAAUUCCUGAACAAAUGA